AUGAACAUCACUCCCGUCUUUAACCAGGUGCUGGCGGCGCACAACGCGCAGCCUGUCGAGCCUUAUGUCUUCCGUGUGGAGAAUCUGGACGGGUUUCUGAAGGAAGCGUACCGAAUUCGAACACACAUCACAAAGCUUCACACGGACCUCAAGUCCAUACGGCAGAGCUAUCUCUCUACUGCAGCCCCGCCACGACGAAAGCAGUUUGCGCGCGUCCACAGUGCCUCCCCGUCCACAGACAAGGACUCCAAGUACCUGUCCGAUGCGCAACGCAACGAUGUCGAUGCUCAGGCGAAGCAGUCGCUGCGAGAACUGAACCAUGCCAUCAACGUCUUGCGAGAGGCUGAAGGGGUGCGGCAGACGACAGCAUCGCAAGUAGCGAUACGCAAGCGCGCAAAGCAAGGGCUGGGUGCAUUGGGACGAUGGGCAGCAGGAGGCGCGAUAACGGCAAAGAGCCCAGAAGAGGAGCUCGAAGAGGCAAAGGCAACCACCAUCAAAGCGCACAGGGAGAGCAUCGUUUGGACGCUGCAGAAUGCGCUGGAGCAGUGCGGUCAGUUCCAGAGCUCGAUGAUGGAGAUACGGCUCAUGAGGGAGGUCGAGAAGAGCAAGAGCGCGCUCCACAAGACGAGAGCCACUAUGCCAUCGAACGACCACAGCAACAUGAAUGGUGGGAGCAGUGCAGACGGAGCCUCGAAGGACUACCGUGGGAAGACAUGGCACGUUCAGGAUGAGUCAAGUGCGGCGAUCGAGCAGCAGCUGGACCCGGAGCAACUCCAGCUGUUUGCGCAAGAGAAUCAAGACAUGCUCAAGCAGUACGAAGACCAGCUUGACAAAGUUCGAGCUGCCGAGAAGUCUCUCGUGGAGGUGUCAGAGCUGCAGUCGACACUUGCCAGCAACCUCGAGAUACAGUCGGCACACAUUGAACAGCUGGUGGAGGACUCGUUCAACACCACGGAAAACGUCGGGAGCGGAAACAAGGAGCUCAAGCGGGCAACGGAGAGAAGGAGUACAGCACAAUUGGUCUUCUACGGCACCUCUGCCUUCUGCACGAUGCUUGUGCUGUGGGACCUGUUCCUAUGA